CUAGAUGGUUCCAUGUAUAUCAGAUGCUGAACUUUACUAGUGAUUGAACUAUAUACAAUGUUGCUGAGAGGAUAGACUGUGCCAUCUUGGAGGCUAUGUGUUGUAUGUGUACAAAUUAUACUGAAAUAACUGAAACAACAAUUUGUUGAAGUAUAUGAACUAUGUGAAUAAUAAAACAAGUUCAGGCCAUGCAAAUUAGCUGGAUGACAUAAGUUUUCUUCAUUUAAUGUAUGGAUUUGUAGAUAAAACUCAUGUUUAUAUGUGUAAUAUGGAUAAUAUAUAAACAUUGAAGUUUUAUGCCUGCCCAAAGAGGAAGUUUUACUAAAUAAUUUACAAUUUGCUUUCAUAUUUGAACGUUUAUAUGAUAUCAGUCUAAAAGUUGAUUUAAGAAUACUAUAACAGUUGAUGCAAUAAAGCAUUUGAGGAAAAUAAAACAGUAUACAUUGAAUGCAAUUUACUGAUAAGCAGUAAUGUAUGGGUAUGAAGUGACAAAUUAGAGAAUUAUUUGACAAUUUUUUUAUGUUAAAGAUAGCAAGUUUAACUACCUUACAAUUGACAGUUGGAUUUUUCAGACCAGAUAGAAUAGAGAUAAUAAAAUUAUUACAAAGGGGAUGUUGUAAAAAUUGCUCUUCAAUUAGGAAGUGUAAAUCUGAGCUGCAAAGUUGAAAAUUUUUAUGGAACAUAAGUGUUUAAUACAACAGAGAGUAUGUUAAUCAUACAUAUAACAUACUAAUGUGAAGGGAAUCUCUGAAUUCGGAGCAAUUAUUUUGAUUUUGUAUAUCAUGCUUUAUGGAAAAUAGAACUGUGGACACUGCAAGCUACUAACAGAAUGAUGGAAUUAUUGAGUGUUGAUAAGACAAUGGUUGACGUUAUACCAGCAGACACAGAUGACAUUCCAUCAAAGAUACUGGAGGAGACAUGGGAACUUCCCUUUCAAGACGAGUGUGAUGACAUGGACCUUCCUGACUCUGACCCUUCUGUUAUAGUUGUGAAUGAACCUGAAAUUCUUGCUGAUUUAUUCAGUCAAAAGUUACAUGGCUUUGAUAAAGAGGAAAAUAUAAAAUCUGACCAGCAACAGUAUCAGUGUAGAAAGUUUUUCAAGAAACUUCGGAUGGAGGUAAAUGAAAGACUAAUGUCCGACAGUGAUACGUCGAGAUCGUCAGCAACAGAAAUGGAGACAGAUAGCGAUGAGGGCUGUUACCACGUUCUAAGAGAGGCACGUAAAUUAAGAAAGAAGAUGAUGAGAAGGCGAAGAGUGGAGACAUGUGAACAACAACAGAAGAAUGGGCGUCAGUUAGCAGCGGAGGCUCUGUUGUGUAUGGAAUCACCAAGCACAAGUUCUGAAAGUAAAACAUUUCUACAGGGAAUACUUCACCAACAAACAAAUGCAGUAUUACCUCCAAGCCCUGCAGACAGUGACAGUGGUGUGUCCAGUGACUUGGAGUCUACACCAGAAGACAAACUACGAUUACAAGCAUAUUUGACAUCACAUCAUUCAUCAGGCAGAGAUCAGUCACCAAAUAGAGGAUUUGUCCCUUUCUGCCAGCCCCCUCCUGCUCACCAACCCCUGCCAGCACAUUUCAACACAGCCACCCAUGUAGCCAUGAGACCAGAUGUAUACAAAAGUCAUACAAGUCCUCUUCAUACUCCAGCAUCAGGAUUUCCAUUCAUGUCGGAGUCCGACUCCGGUACUUCAUCAACAACACCCCCUUCAUCACCUCUCAGAUUUAAAAGUAAAAAAGGUAGAAAACCAAAGUUAGCAGAAUAUCAUCAACAGCUCAAUCAACCUAAACGAAAAAGGGAAAGUAGUACAACAUAUCUGUGGGAGUUUUUGCUACAGUUGCUGCAGAACAGAGAAACAUGUCCACGAUAUAUUAAAUGGACAAAUCGAGAAAAGGGAAUAUUCAAACUUGUUGAUUCGAAAGCAGUCUCAAAACUGUGGGGUUUACACAAAAAUAAACCGGACAUGAAUUAUGAAACAAUGGGUAGAGCCUUAAGGUACUACUAUGCUCGUGGAAUCCUAAAUAAAGUUGAUGGUCAACGAUUGGUGUAUCAGUUUGCAGAAGUCCCUAAACAGAUCAUAGAAAUAGACUGUACGAAUGCAUAGCCAUGUGAGAGAGGAGAUUAAAUCUCAACUUACACUUUCAUGUGAUUUUGUCAUUCUGUGUACAGAAUAUUUGAGUCACAUGAUCUAAUUAUGUGACACUGAUGAUCAUGUGACGUGGCCAAAUAACAUGCAGAUAAAUUCGGGUUUCAUUUGCUAGUCAAAUCUCAAGGAAAAGCUGUAUCCUGCCCUUACUUUCAAAAUCAUUCAAGUUUGUCAAGGGAGAGCACUGGACACACUGAACUCUGUUUGUGUGAGAGGAGUUAUCUGUCCUGUGCUAGGAUUAUUCAGGUCAAGUGAUAGACACAAGCCUGAAGAGAUUAGAGAACUCAGAUUUGGUAACCAUGUCAGCAUGAGUGUGAUUAUAAGAUCUGUUACAACAACUAGGACAUGAUUUGUUCUGUUACAACUAGGACGUAAAAUGUUCUGUUACAACUAGGGCGUGAUUUCUUGUUACAAGAACAUCAUUUGUUCUGUUACAACUAGGACAUGAUUAUAGUCUGUUACAAUGAGGUCAUGAUCUUGAAUGUUACUACUAGGACAUUAUUUUGUUCUGUUACAACUAAAACAUGAUUUUGGUCUCUUACAUCUAGGAUAUGAUAUUGUUCUGUUACAACUAGGAUAUGAUAUUUGUUCUGUUACAACUAGGACAUGAUUGUGUUCUGUUACAACUAGGACAAGAUUGUGUUCUGUUACAACUAGGACAUGAUUGUGUUCUGUUACAAUAAGGUCAUGAUAUUGUUCUGUUACAACUAAAACAUGAUUUUGGUCUCUUACAACUAGGAUAUGAUUUUGUUCUGUUACAACUAGGACAAGAUUGUGUUCUGUUACAACUAGGACAUGAUUGUGUUCUGUUACAAAAGGUCAUGCUAUUGUUCUGUUACAACAAGGACAUGAUAUUGUUCUGUUACAACUAGGACAUGAUUGUGUUCUGUUACAACUAGGACAUGAUUGUGUUCUGUUACAACUAGGACAAGAUUGUGUUCUGUUACAACUAGGACAUGAUUGUGUUCUGUUACAAUAAGGUCAUUAUUUUGUUCUGUUACAACUAAAACAUGAUUUUGGUCUCUUACAACUAGGAUAUGAUAUUGUUCUGUUACAACUAGGAUAUGAUUUUGUUCUGUUACAACUAGGAUAUGAUAUUGUUCUGUUACAACUAGGACAUGAUUGUGUUCUGUUACAACUAGGACAUGAUUGUGUUCUGUUACAAUAAGGUCAUGAUAUUGUUCUGUUACAACUAGGACAAGAUUGUGUUCUGUUACAACUAGGACAUGAUUUUGUUCACAUAUUGAGCAUAAUUACUAUUGGAAUGAAUUGGUGGAAUAUUAAUGUCAGUGAUAAAAGAAUUGCUUGAGGGCAAAAUGUUUUCUCUACAUAAUUGUUAUGUAGGAAAUGUUAUAUUAUUAUCUAUUAAGUAAUAUUCAAAAUACAUCUUUAAAGCAUUAAUUUAAUGUAUCCAUAGAUAUGUAGGAUAUUACAUGAGUAAUCAUUUCAUAUAGAUUUCUAUUAAGUAAGUCUAGAUGAGCCUGCCACAAGUUUAAUGUAAGUCUAUAUGAUGUGACAAAGAAUGUAUGAUUCUACUAAUCAUAUGUUAUCAUCAAGUCAGAAAACAUCAACAAACUGUAAAAUUUUGUAAGGCCAUCUUUAUAUAAAAUGUGUGUGAUAAAAGAAAAUACGUAAUGGUUAUAGCAUGGAAAACAAGUGACAUCAUGUAAAGAAAACCCGAUCAUGUUUUCUUGACAAUGACUUCAAGUUUGAGACAUAAAAAUAGUUGUCAAUUUUAAUUAGUGUCUGAAAUGGUGUAAAUGAAAACAAACAAGAAGAACAAAACUGAUGGGCUUUAAGUUACUGAGGACAUGAUACAAAUCAUCGUAUAAUAAGACAGUUCUAUGUGUAUUAUAGGAGUAUAGAAGUUAAAAUGUAAAUUUGUAUUGGUUUAUCAUACAGGUAUAAACACUUUUAACAUGUACACAAACUAUAAAUGCUCAUUAAAUCAUGUGCCAUGUACAUUAUGUUGUCUCGCUAUUAAUGUAUAAACAUGUAUAAUUCUAAAUUACUACCAUUGUGUGAACAUGUGUAAUCGUCUUCUGAUGGGGGACAACCAGAGACAACAAUCAAUCUUUAUGAUAAAGAAUUAAACAAAAUAACAAUAUCAGAAUUCUUUAUUUUUGAAAAUAGAAUUGUAUGUAUUAUUUUUAAUAUUAUAUAAUUGAGGUUUUCUUGCAGAAUUAAUAUGUUAACUUUGAAUCAAAACUUUAAUGGAACAAUAACAAUGCUUCUCUCAUAUGAUUUUAAUCAUUACCUACACACUAUGUAUUCACAUAUCAGAAUCAAGUUUUUUUAAGUAUUUUUUUGUAGUUUAUUUUUGUAGUUUUCUAAAUUUUAAUAAAUUGAAAUUUGUAAGAGAAAAUAAUUAUUUGGGGACGUUUUGUAAGCAAAAUGUAUACAUAUUGAUUAUUGAUAUUAAUCUUCAUUAACUGCUUGGAAAUACACUUUGUAGACUUUUUCUUUGACAAUAAUUUUGUCAAAUUUGGAAUUAAAUGAUAAUGCUUGAAGUUAUAAAUAUUUGAUAAAAAUAUGAUCUUUAAAUUGUUCUAAUUGAAAGUAUAAAGGUAGUUUAAUGUGAAUUACACAUUGUAAUAUAGACAUCAUGUGCUCCAUAUGGUUUUCAAGUGCUAUUGUUUUUAUGUGACGUGGUUUACAUUGUGUAUAUAUGAUCUAACGAUGUUCAACAUUAUAUGUGUUAAUUUGUUUCCACACACAAGGAAUUCAAUAUCCCACCCACAUUCCAAGAGUUGGGCCAACUUUGCUCACUAACGUUUGUAUAAACUUCCAUAUUCCAUAACACUGACCAUGUACCACUGACCACUGAACAUGAUUUUAUGUAUAUAUGUGAAUGGUAAAUGCUCAGGUUUUUUAUGAAAAUAAAAAAAUCAAUUUAAGACAUGAGAAAAUAGUUUCACAAUAUUAUUUUUGUACUUCAUGUCAAACAUGAUGUGUUUUAUUUCCUGUUAUUAUGAUGUGGCUUACAGACAUUUGAAAUGUGCUAUGUUUAUAUUGUUAAGUAUAAUUUGUUGAAGUAUGUUAAAUCAAGCGAAUUUGAUAUUUAAUACAAUGAAAAAAUCAUUAUAGAAGUAGAAAGUAUCAGAAUAGUCUUAGAAAAAUAAUGCUGAUAAGUUUUGUGUGGUAGAUGUUCUGAAACAUAAAUUUGGCAGCUUAAAAUGUUUCAUGUUAGCCAACCAUUUUGUAAUCUUCCUUUCUAAACCUUCCUGUAUUUCAUUAAUUUGGUAGCCUAACUCAAGUCUAUAUCUUUUUAGACUUUUGAUACCUUGGAUAUUAGAUUUUUCCUUUGUAAAUUCAAGUUGGAGUUGGACUAUAGAUUCUCUCACCAUGUGAUAAGUAUAAGAUUUGUUUCCAGUUUUAGCUCACUUGAUAUUAAAGUACUAGAUAAUGAUCUGUUGUGAUCAUUAUGGCUUAAUAUUUGUUAUGUAACAUUCUGACAAAUUCUGAUUUUUUUAUCUGGUGAUAAGUCUUGUUCCCUUGAUAAAUUACUUGUCAAGGAUGAAUAAGAGGGUCAUUGAAAUCUAGGUAACAAAAUUUAAGUAAACAGAAAAGGUCACACAAUUUAGCUAACUUUGUUAUACCAAGUUCAAAACUUGGUCUUACUUAUAUAUGAGGUCAUUAGGGAUAAAAAAACAACUUAUAUUGUCCAAUUAUCAUCUUUCUUUCUUUCAGUUAGAUAAUUAAAGAGCAACGUUGAAACAUAGUGCUGUUGUUUCUGGUUGAUUUAUAAUGCUGUAGUUAAUACUCUAUUUAUUCUGCUUAGCUUUCACAUUUUAGCUGUGAUACUUUAAAAUCAUAUCUAAUACUCAUAUAGGCUUAAACCAAAGUGAGGCUUUCUUUAUAUGUAUGGCUCAUUAUGUCUUGUUAAUAAACCAAAAAGUUUUUUUAAUUUGAGUUUAAUGACACUAUAUAAAGUGGUAUAUGUAUUUUAUUUGAUAAAAAGGUGAAGAGAAAUUAUUUUGUUGUGAAUGAAGAAGCCUUGUUGUAACAUGCUAGCAGAAAAAUAAACAUACAGAUUCAUUUGAUUUAAAGUUUAAAUAUGUUUUGAUCGAUUAUGUUUGCCUUACAUACCCAUUCCAAACCUAGGGACCCUUGUUUCAUUCCAAUUCCAUAAUGUUCAGUACAAUUUUAGAGUAUGUUAAAAUGAUAACUACUACACAUGUAAAACUAAAGGUUAUAUCUAGAUAUUUUUGUUACGUAUAUACCAAGUGUUUAGGUUAAAUGUAAAGUUGUUCUAACAUUGUAUGAAGCUUAAUCUUUGGUGUUUUCUUUUAUAUAAAAGACUUGUUUAAAUGUUCAGGUAUUAUUUAGGGUGAUGUAUCAUAAUAUAUACAAGUAUUUAUUUCUUAAUGAAUAACAUAUGUUUGUUUAAAAUGGAUCUUAUUUUCUAUAUAACUGACUUUCUGUUCAUAAUUGUAAACAUUUACUCUUCUGCCUUCCCCCAACAUUUUUCUGUUAACUCUAACCCUGCUAGAGGUAAAAGUUAUUAGCAUUUGCUAACAGUAUAGACCCAGGCCAGCUUAUAAAUCAUUAAAAUCUGACCAGUUUCUAUACUUUUGGCUUACUAACGUCAAUUUUCAUCUUACCCAAAAUUGGUAAUGGACAGUUCCAAAACUGGGUGCUGGAAAUGUCCAUUUAAGAAAUUGAUGAUGUUAAGGGUGACUGAUGCAAUAAUUGUUGGGUAUGUAUGUUAUCUAUUAUGUUCAAGGAUUAAUGGCCAGUGUUUUCUAUUUGUGUUUUCUUGUAGCACAACAAGCCAAAAUGAUGACUUUUUUAUGUCAUGCAGAUCUUAGGUUUUCUAUACUUUUUAUUUUAGAUAAGAUUUUAAAAAAACAAAAAAAUUUUGUAUAAUUUUUCGGAGGUACAGACAUAUUUUAGACAUACUUGCCUGAUAUUUUUACUAAACUGAAUGGCGAAAGUAACCUGGAAACAUUUAAAUAAAAGUUGUUUUCAAUAUUAGUGAAACUAGAAGAAAUAGGUACAUGUAUACCUAAAUGUUAACUUGACUGUGUCAUACAUGCAAAGAUGUGUGAUGUUCAAUAUUUGCUCCAAUUUUGUUUUUAUUUUUAAAACUUCUUUUUAUCUCUCUGUCUGUCUGUCUGUUUCUCUCUAAAGAAGUGAAUGCUUGGCAAAUUACAUGUAAAUAUAAAACCCAGCAGUUAUAUAUGUAUAUCUGUUUGCAAUAUUCAUUUAUAUCUAGUAACAUAAUAAUGCAUCUUAAACUGAGGAAUUAUUCUAGCAGCCUAUGGUUAUACAACAUUUUAUCCCUGGUCAUAUAAACUUGUCCUCAAACCUUUAUAAAUAAUAGCAAUGUGUGUACUCAUUACAUGUAUAAAUGGAUCAAAGUUCCUAUGGGCAUUAUAUAACAUGACUGUAUGCAGUUUAAUGGGUGACGUUUAACAAGUGCCUAGUUCUAAAUAUUGUAGAUUGAAUAUAAUGUACAUUGUUUUAGUGUUAGUUUUUGUUACCUAAGAAAGUAGUGAACAAUAUUGUCAUGUCAAUUAAGCAUUUAAAUGUUAGAUGUAUUGUAACAACAUAACAGUUUUACAACACCAUUCAGAAUUUAUCAAAUAAAAUAUAGGUUUAUUUGAGGUAGGUCGUUUUAUAAACAAAACAAAAUUUCAAAUUCAAGCUUUAAAAUUUUUCAUGUAAACAGUACAUAGAACUUCAUUUUCAUGUUGAAGAAUCAAGAUUAAGACUUAAGAUGACCUACUGAAGGAAAUUAUAUAUAAGUGCCUAAUUUUAUUGAUACAUAUUUGCCUUAAUAUAUUUUUGUUGCCUACUUUUAGCACGCAUUGAUUAAGGCCUAUAGUAAAUAAACCCUAAGCCUAGAGCACUUACUUAGUUACUUGAACAAUAAUCCAUUAUUAAUGAAUGAAAUAAAAUAAAUAAUAAUAAUAAAAUGGGGAAAAUACUUGUAAUAUUUGUUUUAUACUUGGUAUUUUUACCAAUGUAAUAUAUAUAUUCUUGUAUUUAGAAGAUGUGUUUGAACUGUGUUAUUUAUGUAAUUGUUACUGUAUAAUAUACACUGUAAUCUGUUUUUUACUGAUUGGUUACAAUAUUUAUUCUGGUAUAUUUUAUUAUGUUGACAUGUAUGAUUUUGAUAAAACAAUAUCCAGUUUUGAUGUAAAAUAAGAGAACUUUUGUUAUCAUACAGCUAAGAAGAUAAUUCAGUUUGAAGAUGUUUCAAUAUUUCAUGUUAUAAUAUUGUUUCUCCUUGUAUUAUUGAGUUAUCUCCCUCUUUAUUCACCUUGCUAGAACUCUUCUCUUACUUUGUUAUGUCUUACCAUAUAUUUAUUGUUACUGUAUAUAUAUAUUUCAAUGAAAAAAAAAAUCACUCCCAAAUGUACUAAAAAAUAAAAAUGUUAGUUGAAUAUUUUUACAAUC